AUGCCCUUCGAUCGCUACCCGGUCACGCAGCCCGAAGAGGGUACGUACCCAUGUAAGGCGCUUCGCAACAACGCCAAGGGAACGUACCUCGACAAAGAGGCGUUGGAGCGGUUCAAGAUUCGCGAGAUUUGUGAAGGAUGGGGCAACUAUCGCGAUGCUGCCGAGUGGCAAAACUAUCGCUCCAUGUUCUUUGACGACGCAUACAUUGCUACCUCAUGGAAGCAGGGCAGCAUCGACGAGUUUAUCCAGGCCUCCAAGGAUGGGUUCGCAGAGGGCUCGUCCUUCAUGUACAUCAUGCACCGCAUCUGCGGGUCCUCGGUCGAGACCAACACGGACCUCACGCGCGCAGUCUGCAAGAUGAAGAUCACCAUUACGUGCCGAUUCACGUUUGACGGCGCGGAGAUGGACAACGAGUCCGACUGUCGUUUCUUCUUCCUGCUCGAGAAGCGGCAGGGCCGCUGGGGGGUCUGCUUCUACACCUUGCUUUUCGACAAGGACAAGUUCAUCCCUGUCAAUCCGGCCAAGACGUUCCACAUCCCAGAGGACGAGGUCGACAAGUUUCCUUCCGGGUACCGCUACCUUGCUUGGGCCGAGGUUCGCAUUGGGCAUCCGCCGAAGCUGAACUUGAAUAGUCACAGACCGGAGAGGGACAUCUUGUAUCGCAAGUGCAAGGACUGGUUGGAAGGUCGAGCUGUCGUGCCGGACUUGACGGGCGAGGACUGGCCUGAUUGGAAGCCGUAG